AUGAUAUCUUAUAAUUUAAAAUUAAUUAUAUUUUCAAUCGUAUUAGGAGCAUUAACCUUAUUUUAUAAUAAUGACUGUCAUGGAUUAUAUACAAAUAUAAAAUAUAAAAAUAUCGUGUUAGGGCAAAAAACACUUAGGUCCUUAGCAGAAUCUUCACAUGAACUUACAGCAAAUGAUAAGCAUGAAAAUAAUGAAUUAGGCGAAUAUGCAAAUACGAAUGAAAGAAAAUAUAAGAAAGAAAAAUAUCCAAAGGAUGACGCAAAAAAAAAAAAAAAAAAUUCCACCAAUAACAAAUAA